AUCGACAUUCGACAUCGAAGAGUAAAAUAUAUGUACGGCCGCUAGGAGCGCUAAACAUCGUACUACUUAUACUCUGGCACGCAACCCGGCGGCCGGUGCCCGUAAUUAAAAAUUAUAUUCAUUUAUUAUUAUUAUUUAUUACAUAAACAAUAAACAUUAUACAUAACGAAUAACGAUUAUGCUAAUGGCACGACUGGAAAAGUGUCAAGUACUUAAUACUUAAAUAUACGCUUUACACAUAUUAUAAACGAUUUUUAGUUCAAAUUUUAGUGUUUAGUAUUCAUACUGUUAACAGUUUAUACUUAUACAAUACAUUGAACGUCUAUACAGCGAGUAGAUCUAAAGUUUUCUAGUAUUUGAAUAAUCAGAUUAUCCAGAGAUCAGAGUUUUGCAAACAUUUGACAUUUCUCCAUGGAUGAAAAGGAAUCCAAUAAAACUCUUAAAAGCUCACUGGUCGACACCAAAGUUAAAAGUGUCAUACCAAAAAACAGGUCAGAAGUCUUGAAAUGGAAUGGCUGGGGAUAUAGAGACUCAAAGUUUAAAGUGACUGACCAGGGAAUGAUUCGUUUCACUGGCAAUAGAUAUUCUAUUGGAGAAACAGAUUUGCCUUUUUUUACUCAAUGGGUUCAACAAGUAUUAAAUAUUGACCUAACUUUAAGGAAUGUGCCAAGAGAGAAGUUCAGUUCCAGAGAGAUUCCACUUUCCCGCGUAUCUACCAAUUUUUUAAAAAUCUUAAAAGAAAUGAAAAUUGACCAUACAACGGAUGACCAUGCUAGACUUUUAAGGUCCCAUGGACAAACGCUUUAUGAUAUUUAUUCUCUUCGAUAUGGUAAAUGUUUUCCACGCAUUUGUGAUUUAGUAGUUUGGCCUGCAAAUCACAACGACGUGAUAAGCAUAGUUGAGUUAGUCAAUGUGCAUAAUAUUGUAAUUGUUCCAUUUGGCGGCGGAACUAAUGUAUCUGGAGCAGUAUCAUGUCCUGUUAAUGAAAAUAGAUGUAUAGUCAGUGUAGACACUUCACAAAUGAAUCGUUUAUUGUGGUUGGAUGAAUCAAACUUAUUGGUGUGCUUUGAAGCUGGAGUCAUUGGUCAAGAUUUGGAACGCGAACUAAACAAACAAGGCUAUACAUGUGGACAUGAACCUGACUCUUAUGAGUUUUCUAGUUUAGGCGGUUGGGUUGCAACUAGAGCGUCGGGCAUGAAAAAAAAUGUGUAUGGCAACAUUGAAGAUUUAGUAAUUGACGCUAAAAUGGUUACUUGCAAAGGAGUGGUAGAAAAAAAUAGUAAGGUCCCAAGAAUGUCUAGUGGACCUGAAUUUCAACAAAUUGUCUUAGGGUCAGAAGGUACAUUAGGCAUAAUUACAGAAGUGACCUUAAAAAUUCGACCUCUUCCAGAUUGUCGAGUUUACGAUUCUGUGGUUUUUCCUGACUUUGAAUCAGGAGUAAAAUGUAUGAGGGAAGUAGCCAGACAAAGAUGUCAACCUGUAUCCAUACGAUUAAUGGAUAACACACAGUUCAGAUUUGGUCAGGCGUUACGUUCUGUUGAAAAUACAUUUGGAAAUUUGUUUGACGCUUUUAAGAAAACUUACUUGACUCAUGUUUGUGGUUUUCGUUUAGAAUCUAUAUGUGUUAUGACACUCCUUUUUGAAGGUAAAAGAUCUAAAGUAGUUACACAUCGAAAUUGCAUUGCUAAAAUAGCUAUGUCUUUUGGGGGUAUAACAGCAGGAGAAAGAAAUGGAGAACGCGGUUAUAUGCUGACCUUUGUUAUAGCUUAUAUACGUGAUCUCGCGUUAGAAUACAGAGUUGUAGCUGAAUCAUUUGAGACAUCAGUAUCCUGGGAUAAGACUCUUAGUUUAUGCGAUAAUGUCAAAAAAACUGUAGCAAAUGAGUGCAAUAAACUUAAUAUCAAGUAUUAUUUAAUUAGCUGUCGAGUAACACAGACAUAUGACUCAGGAUGUUGUGUUUAUUUUUAUUUUGGAUUUAAUUGGACUGGACUGGAUGAUCCAGUAUCAACUUACCAUCAUAUUGAAACCAUAGCCCGGGACAGUAUUAUGGCUUCUGGAGGAUCUAUAUCUCAUCAUCAUGGUGUGGGUAAACUACGAACACAUUGGUAUGAGAAACACAUGUCUAAAACGGUUUUAUCACUUUACAGUGCAUCUAAAAAGAUGCUAGACCCAAAUAAUGUGUUUGCUAAUGGUAAUCUCAUUAGUUUUCCACUGUCUAAAAUAUAAACAGUGAUUUAAAUCUAGUCAAAUUUUAGUGUAACAGUGUAAGUCUUAUAAAAAUACAAUUUUAUGUUCUUAUAGUAUAAUCAUGUUCUUUUGGAACUGUAAACUAAAAAAUAUUUGGUUAAUAAUUAAUAUUAGUUAAGCAUAAUAUUAUCAAUAACUUAAAUGUAAGAAUAUUUAGCUUUUUUUAGUAAAUAAUUUAAAAUGUAUUAAUAAAAAUUCUUUUAUAAAUAUUAAAUUUAAAUUAUUGAUGAUUAUUUGUAUUUAUAAAAAAAUAAAUUAUUAAUAUAAUUUUUAAAUUA